AUGGUGGCCUCCCGGGCUAUUGGCAUCCUCAGCCACUUCUCUGACUUCAGAAUCCUCUGAUCUCAAGGUUAUAUACGCCGCAAUUUUACAGAGUCUUCUGCUUUGCUGACCAGGACCCAUAUUAACUAUGGAGUCAAAGGGGAUGUGGCAGUUAUUCGAAUUAAAUCUCCCAAUUCAAAGGUAAAUACACUGAAUAAAGAGCUGCAUUCAGAGUUCACAGAAGUUAUGAAUGAAGUCUGGGCUACUAAUCAAAUCAGAAGUGCCGUCCUUAUCUCAUCAAAGCCAGGCUGCUUUAUUGCGGGUGCUGAUAUCAAUAUGUUAGCCACUUGCAAGACCCCUCGAGAAGUAACACAGAUGUCACAAGAAGCACAGAGAACAUUUGAGAAACUUGAAAAGGCCACAAAGCCUGUUAUAGCUGCCAUCAGUGGAUCCUGCCUGGGAGGAGGGCUUGAGCUUGCCAUUUCAUGCCAAUACAGAAUAGCAACAAAAGAUGGAAAAACAAUAUUAGGUGUCCCUGAAGUCUUGCUGGGGAUCUUACCAGGAGCAGGAGGCACACAAAGGCUGCCCAAAAUGGUGGGUGUGCCUGCUGCUUUUGACAGGAUGCUGACUAGUAGAAACAUUCGUGCAGAUAGGGCAAAGAUAAUGGGACUGGUUGACCAAUUGGUAGAACCCCUGGGACCAGGACUAAAACCUCCAGAGGAAUGGACAAUCGAAUACCUAGAAGAAGUUACAAUUACUUUUGCCAAAGGACUAGCUGAUAAGAAUAUCUCUCCAAAGAGAGACAAGGGAUUGGUGGAAAAAUUGACAGCGUACAUCAUGACUAUUCCAUUUGUCAGGCAACAGGUUUACAAAAAAGUGGAAGAAAAAGUGCAAAAGGAGACUAAAGGCCUUUAUCCUGCACCUCUGAAAAUAAUCGACGUGGUAAAGACUGGAAUUGAGCGAGGGAGUGAUGCUGGUUAUCUCUCUGAAUCUCAGAAAUUUGGAGAGCUUGCAAUGACCAGUGAAUCAAAGGCCUUGAUGGGACUCUACCAUGGUCGGGUCUUGUGCGAGAAGAAUAAAUUUGGAGCACCACAGAAGGAUGUUAAGCAUGUGGCUAUUCUUGGUGAAGGGCUGAAGGGAGCAGGCAUCACCCAAGUCUCUGUGGAUAAGAGGCUAAAGGCUAGACUUAAAGAUGCCACACUCACUAGGCUAGGCCAAGGACAGCAACAAGUGUUCAAAGGAUUGAAUGAUAAAGUGAAGAAGAAAGCUCUAACAUCAUUUGAAAGGGAUUCCAUCUUCAGCAACUUGACUGGAUGUGGGGAAAGAGAGAUCAGACUUAGCAACGUUUUAAAGGUCGACAUGGUGAUUGAAGCUGUGUUUGAGGACCUUAGUCUGAAGCACAGAGUGCUAAAGGAAGUAGAAGCGGUGAUUCCAGAUCACUGUGUCUUUGCCAGUAACACAUCUGCUUUCCCAAUCAGUGAAAUCGCUGCUGUCAGCAAAAGACCUGAGAUUGGCAUGCACUACUUCUCUCCCACGGACAAGAUGCAGCUGCCGGAGAUGAUCACAACCGAGAAAACUUCCAAAGACACCAGUGCUUCAGCUGUGGCAGUCAGUCUCCAGCAGGGGAAGGUCAUCAUUGUGGUUAAGGAUGGACCUGGCUUCUAUACCACCAGGUGUCUUGCACCCAUGAUGUCUGAAGUUGUCCGAAUCCUCCAGGAAGGAGUUGACCUGAAGAAGCUGGUCCUGACCACAAGCUUUGGCUUUCCUGUGGGUGCCACCACACUGGUGGAUGAAGUUGGUGUGGAUGUAGCGAAACAUGUGGCGGAAGAUCUGCGCAAAGCCCUUGGGGAGCGGUUUGGAGGUGGAAACCCAGAACUGCUGACACAGAUGGUGUCCAAGGGCUUCCUAGGUCGCAAGUCUGGGAAGGGCUUUUACAUCUAUCAGGAGGGUGUGAAGAGUAAGAAUUUGAAUUCUGACAUGGAUAGUAUCUUAGUGAGUCUAAAGAUGCCUCCUAAGUCUGAAGUCUCCCCGGGCGAAGACAUCCAGUUCUGCCUGGUGACAAGAUUUGUGAAUGAGGCAGUCAUGUGCCUGCGAGAGGGGAUCUUGGCCACGCCUGCGGAGAGAGACAUCGCAGCUGUCUUUGGGCUCGGCUUCCCGCCUUGUUUUGGAGGGCCUUUCUGCCUUGUGGAUCUGUAUGGUGCCCAGAAGAUAGUGGACCGGCUCAAGAAGUAUGAGGCUGCCUAUGGAAAACAGUUCACUCCAUGCUAGCUGCUAGCUGACCAUGCUAACAGCCCUAACAAGAAGUUCUACCAGUGA